AGAUCGUCAUAAGUUCGGGUCACCGAACGCGGUUGGUCACUCCGGGUUGAAUUUGGUUUGCGUGUGUGUUGUAAUGAAAAUUGAAUAAUUAGUAGUAUACGUAUAAUAUAUUUAAUUAGGUACCACGAUGAUUGAACUCGGUCCGUCCGAACCAUCGUUCAGAGCGAGUAAAAACAAAAAAGAUGUAAGAACGAAUAUGGAUCCUUUGUGGCUGACGCAAUUCAAAGGUUUCGUGAAAGCCUUAGUGCAAAGUUACGGCUUGGAUAAAUCUAAGGAGAUGUUAAAACACAUGAUAAAAACUUUGGAAAAAAAAUAUCACGUUAAGAUAGAAGAUGUGGAUGUUAACCAGUUCGGCGACGUUUUCGUUAAAUACCUUUCUAAAAAAAAGACUAAUAAAAAGAAAAAAAUUAAGCGAGUAAAGGGUUCGUGGUCUAAUGAGACAUGAUGUUUAAACAUUAUAAUUAUGGUUUUAAAUAAAUGAAGCUAUACAUA